GGGCGGUAUUGCAAUCUCUGCUACUCUUGUAACGUUCAUACGUUUUCUUUUCACAGUCUAUGGUUCACACACACAACAUACUACUAAUCCACGUGAGUUAAACAAUAGGAACUGAUACACGUUCAUUCUACAAAAUGUCCAAACUACAUCUGCUGAAUGUGUUUCUUACCGAGCGAUUAACAGCGGCGGCUGUUGAGAUAUUUGUGGUCGUGGAAAAAACGGUAUCAGAGUACCAGGAAGAAAUCUCCCGUUCAAAGGAGGAGAUCGAUCGUCUACGGAUGCUACUGGAUGUCGUUACUCAACCAAAGAUACAUUUGCAUAAAGCAGAUCCCCAGCAUCUAAUACUCCCUGUCCCUGAAGAGGGGGAGCAGCAGCACUGUGAGCAGGAGUGGUGGUGCACCAGUCUGGGGCAGGAGGACCCAGAGCCCAAACAGAUUAAAGAGGAACAGGAGGAGUUUGGGACAGGUCAGGAGGAAGAGCAGCUUCAGGGUCUGGAGUCUGAUAUCAAAGAGUUCAUAAACAAUCCUUCCUUUGUGAAAAGUGACUGUGAUCAGGACCCACCUCAGCCCUCACAUCUUUACCAAACCCCAACGGUGGAGAACAGAGAGAGGGAUCUUAUGAGGACACACACUGGAGAGAAACCGUAUCAGUGUAGUGAAUGUGGCAAAUGCUUCAGCCAGAAGAUAUACCUGGAAGAACAUAUGGUGACUCACAAAAGAGAGAAACCACAUCAAUGUGAAGACUGUGGUAAAUUGUUUAGCCUCAAGCAUAACUUAACAGUCCAUAUGAGGAUACACACGGGAGAGAAACCAUAUCAGUGCAAAGAAUGUGGCAAAUGCUUUGGUUACACCAAAUCCCUGGCAAAGCAUAUGAGGAGUCAUACAGGAGAGAGACCCUAUCAGUGUUGUUAUUGUGGCAAAUGCUUCACUCAGAAGUUUAGCUUGAAAGAACAUAUUAGUAUUCACACAGGUGAGAAACCAUAUAAGUGUCCCAUGUGUGUAAAAUGCUUCAGGGCAGCACGAUUUCUAAAACAGCACCAACAGAUUCACAGAGAACAACCAUAUUGCUGACUUUUUUGUGGUUAAGAAAUGAGGAUGAACACAGAGUGAGAAACAUGACAUUGCUUCUUAGGGCAAAAUCUUUCUCUCACUUGUGCAGUAAGACCUUUCGAUUCUGAGCAUGGCACAAAAGUGGAUAGUAUGUUUUGUAGAACUAGUAUUUUUAGUUGACACAGUAAGCUUUUUAAGUUUGUCCCAACAAAUGAGUCCCCCAUUUGGAUUACACCUUAAAGUCACAGCAAACAGGUACAUUGGUGUUCUCUAAAUACAUAAAGGAUGUCUACAUUUUAAUGGGAAUGUGCUUCACAUUUGUAGACAUGCUACCUUAUACCUGUAGUGGCAGGACAAACAAACCCAUCAGGUCAAUGAUCUUGGUUUAAUAUACAGUGCCUUUGGAAAGUAUUCAGACCCCUUGACUUUUUCCACAUUUUGUUACGUUACAGCCUUAUUCUAAAAUUGAUUAAGUAAAUAAAAAUCUGUAGCAAUCUACACACAAUA